UGACAGUUUUUUCAGUUAAUUUUACCGGUAAGAAGUGAAGCAGUUGAAUCAAUAAUUUCACACAAUUACCCCUCCAUAUGGAAUGUAAUCGAAGGGUAGUAUGGGGAUUGUACGCUUUAUUUUAUCCUCAAGCUCUGGAAAAUGGAAAGAAAGAGAGAAAGAGAUGGGGAUUGGCAAUGGAUCAGCAGCUGCUGCUGCUGCUGCUAUGACCAUGCAUGUGAAUGCAAGCAAAACAACCAUGGAAUUGAAAUGGGUAAGAAGACCCAAAAGCCCAAACUCCAUUGACAGAGUGGGUAUGCUCUCAAAAACCAAAUCACCGCCAUUAUCGCAACCUUUACUUCCAAUCUUCAUAUCCACAAAACAUUCCCACAUAAAUCCUGAUGAGCUCGCGCAGCUCUAUAGCUCCUGCAAUUUCUCCUGCCACCGCUUUCCCAAAUACGCAGACUCUGAAUCCCAUACUCCUCUCGUCGAAGUUGUCGAUGUUCGCAAGCUCCGUAUCGCUCUCUCCCACAGUUUCGUUCUGGUCUCUGUCUUCUGCAAGACUCAGGAUGUGCUUGCUGAUUCUUCUUCUUCGAUGGGUCUGGGUGAUUUUUUCGAAAGAUUGGCUACGCCUGUAAGUCCCAAGAAUGGUCAGUUGGUUGGCUUUGGCCGAGCAGUUUCUGAUCAAGGAUUAACUGCUUCAAUCUACGAUGUCAUGGUUAUUCCUUCAUUACGGAGAUUGGGAAUCGGCAGGAUGAUUGUUCGUAGAAUCAUAAGAAUGCUCACCACUAGAGACAUUUAUGACAUUGCAGCUGUCUGCUCAGAGACUGAAAGGCCAUUCUUUGAAGCUUGUGGAUUUGGAAAUGAUAUUUUGGGCUCCACUGUGAUGAUGUAUACAAGGACUCUUUCGUCUGAUCCUUAGGGCAAUCAAAUGGUCAAACGUGCUGGUCGAAAGUUACUGUUAGUUCCACCUC